GUGCUUUGUUUUGGAUAUGUACGGUGAAAACAGAGAGUGAGGACACUGUGCAACCUGAUCGAUAUGGUGGUGGCCAUGGCGGAAAUGAAGGUUACAACGGACGAGGAGGAUAUAACAGAGGAGGAGGACACAACGGUGGUGGAGGAUACAACGGAGGUGGAGGAUACAACGGGGGAGGAGGAUACAACGGCGGUGGAGGAUACAAGGGAGGA